AUGGCAUCCAUCAAGACGGACUUCUCCCAAUGGAGCAUCAACUUCCAGUUUCGAGUCGACGGUCUGAGCGAUCUGCUGAUCGCCCAAGACGGUCAAGACGUAUGCCGUAGCGUUUGUACAGAAACACUCGGAUAUGGUCUCUAUUUCAUGGUUUCUGGUAAGGAGGUCGACGGAAAGACGGCGUACGCCUUGUUCCUCUGUUCGAGCAAAUCUACCAUGACCAUGCGGGUCCUCCUGUGCAUCACUGCUUGCUCGCUCCAAAACGUCCCGUACUAUACCAAAUUCUUCGCAUGCAAUCUCAAGCCAGCAAGCAGCGGAGGCCGCAAUGUACUUUUGACAGCAGAGGUCUUCGAAGCAAACCCGACCAUGCAGGCCGAAAAUGCUGUAAUCAUAAAUGCCUUAUUGAUAAUAACACUCCCCCCAACAACUUUCCUGCCCAUUUGGUCAUCAAAUCUGCUGUACGACAGUGUAGUAGGCGGGACGCAGGAAAGGGCUCGGUAUCUCGCAUAUUCUGCUCGCACCAAGGCUGGCGAGAUGAUUAACUUUCGGACAACAUACGCUCCUAAGGACAUCCUGGUUCAAUCAUGCCCUGCAGUCUCGUCGUGGGAGGAAGGACUCAAGCUACUUGGCGGAUCCAUGGUGAUCCCGGGCGUGUCAUGGAAUCGUUGCCGCAUUGAGGCUGAUUCGUAUGCUCAAUACGACAGCGACUUUGAAGACGCCGAUAACAGCGAAGAUGAGGCUGAGGCCCGCGAUGAAUCGGAAGAUGAGGAAGAAGAUGAGGAGGAAGCCGAGCGUAAGAGGAUUAGGAGGAGAAAGGGCAAAAAGCGGCAAUCCACAUCUGGGAAUAUGCCGCGGCUCAAACGUACAAAAGUAGAGCCCGAGAGUGAAAAUAGACAAAUACUGAACGCCAGCCUCGAGGAAGUGAAACUGUCACUUCCUAUUGCGUCUUCUGCAGAUGGUCUUGCCUCAUCUUCUAACGCAGGCGAGACCAACGAGAACAAGGACAUCCUCUUCAAAGGAGUCGCAGCACGAACUUGGGAGGCAGUGCUGUUCUAUCUCUACAGCGGCGCAAUAACAUUCGCGCCUCUGAGCAGCAACUCAACCUCGGACUCGCGACGAGCCUUCAUACGCGAGCACCGCAAGGCCAACCCGAAGCAUCCCACUCCGCCGUCGUGCAAGUCCGCUUACCGGAUCGCCAAGAAGCUCGGACUGGAAGACCUCAAAAAGCGAGCGCUGGCCCAUUUGACAACCCAGCUUACUCUCGAGAACGUCCUCGAUGAGUUCUUCGGUGCAUUCACGGUCGAACACGAAGAGGUGAGGCAACUGGAGAUGUCCCACCUGAUGAAGUGUUGGGGCGAGCUGCAGAACCGUCCGGCUUUGUUGGCCAAGAUGAGCGACGUUGCGCGAGGAAAGUUGCCCCAUGCUGGGCCGCUCAUGGUGGAGUUCCUCCGAGCCGUCGAUACGAGACAAAAGGCGGAUAGCUCAAAGAACUGA